CACUGCGAGUUUUUGUCUUAAAUAAGGCAAAUCAUUAGGAAGAAUCAAUGACCACUGUUGUUUGGUUUGAGAUUCGAGGUUGAAGAUAGACUUUUGAGCUACAAAAGAGAGAGAGAGAGAGAGAGAGAGAGAGAGACUUCUUCUUCACUCAAUCGAUUACUCUGUCGUUUCGUCCCUAAAAUCGUGUCAGUGGAUCGAAGCAUGGCUGAGAUGAACGAUGAAAGGAAUCGCCAUCACCACCGCCUCAACGUUGCAGAGGAAAUCGAAAUCCCCACUGAAAAACCAACAACGCAGACGAAGCGAGUCGCUUCAGUGGAUAUCUUCAGAGGUCUCACCGUUGCCGUAAUGAUAUUGGUGGAUGAUGCGGGAGGUGAAUGGCCGAUGAUAACGCAUGCGCCUUGGAAUGGGUGUAACCUAGCUGAUUUCGUCAUGCCAUUUUUCCUAUUCAUUGUUGGAAUGGCAAUUGCCCUUGCAUUUAAGAGAAUUCCAAGCCGGGGCAUGGCAGUAAAAAAGGCCAUUAUUAGGACACUCAAACUCCUAUUUUGGGGUCUCAUCUUACAGGGUGGAUAUUCGCAUGCUCCGGAUGAGCUAACUUACGGAGUUGACAUGAAAAGGAUAAGGUGGUGUGGAAUCCUUCAGGUGGUUGGGUGAUUUUCUUUAUGCGUUCUCCUAUGAAUUGACUGCAUGUGGCAUGGUUUUAAGUAUCAGUGCGUAUCGUGCCGUAUCGUCCGAUACGUAUCCGUA